AGAAGGUUGCAAGAACCUCAAUAGUUUCUUGAGCAGCAUCCAUAUGGAGUCUCUUCAAAAUCUUAAUCUCUCUGGCUGCUCAAAACUGAAGAAAUUUCCAGAGGUGCAGGGAGCCAUGGAUAAUUUAUCAGAGCUUUCUUUAAAAGGGACUGCUAUAAAAGGAUUGCCAUUGUCCAUUGAAUAUCUCAAUGGACUUGCUUUAUUAAAUCUGGGAGAGUGCAAAAGCCUUGAUUCAUUUUUAAGUUGAAGUCCCUGAAAACUCUUAUUCUUUCAAACUGCUCCAGACUGAAGAAGCUUCCAGAGAUAGGGGAAAAUAUGGAGAGUUUGAAAGAGCUUUUUCUAGAUGACACUGGUCUAAGAGAGCUACCUUCAUCAAUCGAGCAUCUAAAUGGGCUUGUUUUGUUGAAGCUGAAAAAUUGUAAAAAACUUGCAAGUCUUCCGGAAAGCAUUUGUAAGCUGACGUCUCUUCAGACUCUUACUCUCUCUGGUUGUUCAGAACUGAAGAAAUUGCCAGAUGACAUGGGGAGCCUACAAUGUUUAGUAAAGCUCAAAGCAAAUGGAACUGGUAUACAAGAGGUACCCACCUCUAUUACUCUUUUGACAAAGCUUGAAGUAUUAUCAUUAGCAGGAUGCAAGGGAGGGGAAUCUAAGUCAAGGAAUCUGGCUUUAUCUUUGCGCGCAUCACCAACAGAUGGAUUGCGUCUGUCUUUUUUGCCUGUUCUAUGCCCCUUGAAAAAGUUGAAUUUAAGUGACUGCAACCUAUUGGAAGGAGCCCUACCCAGUGAUCUUAGCUCCUUAUCUUGGUUGGAAUGUUUAGAUCUGAGUAGAAACAAUUUCAUCACCGUGCCUACUAGCCUGAGUCGACUUCCUCACCUCAGAAGGCUCAUAGUGGAACACUGCAAGAAUCUUCAAUCAUUGCCAGAGCUUCCAUCAAGUAUUAAAGUAUUAUUGGCCAAUGAUUGCACAUCCCUGGAAACUUUUUCAUAUCCAUCAAGUGCAUAUGCAUUGAGGAAGUUCGGAGAUUUCAACUUCGAAUUUUCUAAUUGCUUCCGACUAGUGGGGAAUGAGCAGAGUGACACUGUGGAAGCUAUCCUACAGGAAAUUCGGCUUGUUGCAUCGAUACAGAAAUCCAUGGCUCCAAGUGAGCAUUCUGCCAGGUAUGGUGAAAGUCGGUAUGACGCUGUUGUUCCUGGGAGUAGCAUUCCAGAGUGGUUCACCGAUCAGAGCCUGGGGUGUUCAGUAACUGUAGAGCCGCCUCCACAUUGGUGUAAUACCAGGUUGAUGGGAUUGGCUGUUUGUGUUGUUUUCCACCCAAACAUCGGCAUGGGUAAGUUCGGCCGUUCCGCAUAUUUUAGUAUGAACGAAUCUGGAGGCUUCUCUCUCCACAACACGGCUUCCAUGCAUUUUUCAAAAGUUGACCACAUCUGGUUUGGGUAUCGACCCCUUUAUGGAGGGGUUUUCAGCCCGAGCAUCGAUCACCUGAAGGUUUCCUUUGCUGGAUCCAAUCGUGCCGGCGAAGUGGUGAAAAAGUGUGGGGUUCGUCUGGUAUUUGAGCAAGAUGAACCAUGUGGCCGGGAGGAGGAGAUGAACCAUGUAAGCUUCAGGAAAUCUGGUCUUAAUUUUUUCAUUCCUUAAUUUAUUAAAAUAAACAUAUUAAAGCACCACGCCCCUAUUCCUACUCUCUUUAUUCUAUUAGUUUCUACUUUCGUUCUCACUU